UCACGUACGGACAAGCCGUUUUUUAUUUUGUAACUAUUAAUGCAUAUAGUAUAAAAGACCAUGUGAUCACCGGACAAUUAUUCUGUUUACAGCAUUCCAAAUAAUAAACAUGUCCACCGUGACCGUUCUAGUUUCUUGCAUCCAGGUUUUCUUGGCACAGAAUGUGUUCAGCCAAUGCCUCGGCGCUGGUCCUCUCGCUAACGGCGUAGGUCUGGGCUACGGAGCAGGGCUCGGUCCAUACGCUGCGGGUUUGGGCCAGGUUGAGGCUCUAGCUGGUCCCUAUGGAGCUGGUUUGGGUCUCGGUGUAGGUCCAGCGCUCGUUCCAGAGUUGAUUGCUCCAGGUGUGUCACCCUUCGGCUUGGACGCUCUUGCUGGUGCUUACGGAGGUGCUGGUAUAGGUGAUAUAGCAGUCGCUGGUGAGAUGCCCGUCGCUGGAACCACCCUCGUCGCUGGACAGGUGCCCAUACUCGGAGCUGUUCGCUUCGCUGGUGACCUGCCGGCCGCUGGCACAGUCUCCAUCGCUGGCAGCUGUGGUUGUGGUGCCGGAGCUUAUUUAUACUAA